AUGGCUUCUAAAGACCCCCUAUCCCCCCUCCGGCCUGAAAUACCAUCAUACAGCCAAAUCGCCUGCAUUGGCACUGGAUUGUCAGCAGUCGCCCUAGGUGCGACCCUGCAGCGAUGGUAUAAUAUCGAAGAUAUUCGUUUCUUUGAUAGACAUCCCGAGAGUGGGGGAACAUGGUACAUCAAUUCCUACCCUGGGUGCGGCUGCGACGUGCCCAGCGCGCUGUACAGUUACUCGUUCGAAUUGAACGCCAACUGGACCAAAAUGUUGCCUUCCAACCAGGAGAUCAAGCAGUAUCAUGAAUGUGUUAUGGAUAAAUAUCACCUCCGCGAGAAGAUGGUGCUCUCUACCGAAGUCACCCAAUGCGUGUGGAGAGACGAUGCGGCUCGAUGGCUCCUCUACUUACGGGAUGUCAAGACGGGUCGCGAAUUCACUCACGAAUGUCAGAUCCUGUUCGCUGCCAGUGGUCAACUGGUGAAGCCUCGUCGCUGCGAGAUUCCCGGAUCAGAGGAGUUUCGUGGUGCCAUCUUUCACUCCGCGCGAUGGGACCAUAGUGUUAGCUUGGAUGGGAAGAAGGUGAUUGUCAUUGGGAACGGCUGCACAGCGGCCCAGAUUGUGCCUGCCAUCGCUGGCAAAGUGGAGUCGCUGACUCAAAUCAUUCGAUCCAAACACUGGGUUUCCCCGACGCAUAAUUUCGCCUACCCGCCUCUCCUGCAAUGGAUCUUCCGUUACAUCCCCUUCACGAUGAGAUUGCAUCGUCUGCACAUCUUCCUCGCGGCGGAAAGCGACUACUUUCUCUUUCCCAUGACCAAGGCAGCCGCCCGACUGCGAGCGCAGCGCAAGGCCAAACUGGAGAAGUACAUGCGGGCUACUGCUCCGGCCAAGUAUCAUGAUCUUCUGAUCCCCGACUUUGAUGUCGGCUGCAAGCGGCGCAUCAUCGACUGCGGCUAUCUCGACUCUCUGCACAAUGACAAAACCACCCUAUCCAAUGUCCAAAUCGACAAGAUCAUCCCCGAAGGUAUCCAAACAAAGCAGGGAGAUGUCAUCCCCGCCGACGUGAUUGUGCUUGCCACUGGCUUCGAGACCAAUACCUUCACCCCAUACAUGAACAUCGUUGGUCGCAACCGGGUGAGCCUGAGCGAGCAUUGGGCCCAGUAUGGCGGUCCGUCCGCCUACAAUUGCUCCGUCAUGAGCGGGUUCCCAAAUUUCUUUCUGCUGCUUGGACCGAAUGCGGCCACGGGCCAUACUUCGGCCUUGAUGGCGGCAGAGAACUCUAUCAAUUAUGCACUUCGCACCUUGAAGCCUGUUCUGAGCGGCUCUGCCUCGGCUGUGGAAAUCAAACAGGAAGCCGAGAGAAGCUAUGUCUACUGGGUGCAGGACGCACUCCGAAAGCGGGUGUGGAAUGCUGGUUGUGUUUCGUGGUACCUAAACGAAUCGAAGUGGAAUUCGAUGUCUUAUCCUUGGACGCAGGCGCAUUUCUGGUGGCGCAGCCUGUUCCCGACGUGGUCGGAUUGGCAUAUCAGGGUAAGGCGGCAGGUCUUUUCCUUUCUAUAA